UCAAAGGCCUACUUCCCUCCAAAAGGAUAUGCUUUCCUGCUAUUCCGUGAGGAGGCGUCAGUUCACCGCCUGGUCAAGAGCUGUCUCUCGGAGGAGGGGAAGCUGUACAUGUUUGUCUCCUCGCUCACUCAGUCCAACAAGAAGGUGCAGAUCAGGCCUUGGAGACUCAGUGACAGUGACUUCAUCAUGGACCACACACAGCCCAUUGAUGCACGGAAGACCAUCUUCAUUGGAGGAGUGCCCCGUCCCCUCAAGGCCUGCGAGCUAGCCGACAUCUUCAACGCGAGGUACGGCAACGUGUGCUAUGCCGGCAUCGACUGUGACCCAGACCUCAAGUACCCCAAAGGUGCUGGUCGAGUGACUUUCUCGUCGAGGGUCAGUUUCAUGAGUGCUGUGUCGUGCAGGUUCUUACAGGUCACUUACGGAGACAUAGACAAGAAGGUGACUAAAAUGUGCAUGUACUCACCUCUUGUGUCCUCACUGCCGAUUAACUACUCACAUGCGGUGUCCACGCGUAGUUUCUCACAUGUGGUUCAAUGGAAGUUCUCUCAAAGUGAAACGUGGGAGGCUUUUCUCCUGGCCUGUGGCUCUUUGUACUUGUGCUACUUGCUGCAUGCAGUGUCUUUGCAUGUUACCGGCCGUCAAUUAACCAAUUUGUUUGUCCCAAAAGAACCAAUGCUCUUUCAACCUGUGCAC